CCAGAAGACCAGGAGGAGCACAAAGGAGAGGCCCGCAUACACGCCGAGCAGCAGCGACGAUGAGGGUCCAGCAAAGGACAUCGGAGUCACUUACAAAUCAACAAGGUCGGCGAAACCUGUUGGCCCAGAAGAUAUGGGAGCCACAGCCGUGUAUGAACUGGACACAGAGAAGGAGAAAGAUGCCCAGGCCAUCUUCGAGCGGAGCCAGAAAAUCCAGGAGGAGCUGAGAGGAAAGGAAGAUGAUAAAAUUUACCGUGGUAUUAACAACUACCAGAAGUAUGUGAAGCCCAAAGACACAUCGAUGGGAAACGCCUCUUCAGGAAUGGUCAGAAAAGGACCCAUCCGUGCUCCGGAGCACUUGAGGGCCACAGUGCGGUGGGACUACCAGCCUGACAUCUGCAAGGACUACAAAGAAACUGGGUUCUGUGGCUUUGGAGACAGCUGCAAAUUCCUCCACGACCGCUCAGACUACAAACACGGCUGGCAGAUCGAACGGGAACUGGAUGAAGGCCGGUACGGAGUCAACGAUGAGGAAAACUAUGAAGUGAGCAGCGAUGAGGAGGAUAUGCCUUUCAAAUGCUUCAUCUGCAGAAGUUCCUUCAAGAAUCCGGUGGUCACCAAGUGUAGGCACUACUUCUGUGAGAGCUGUGCCCUCCAACACUAUCGCAAAUCCCAGCGCUGCUACGUCUGUGACAAGCAAACCAACGGAGUCUUCAACCCGGCCAAAGAGCUCAUGGCAAAAUUGGAAAAACACAAAGGGGAGGAAGAAGAGGAGGAUGAAGAGCACCAGCAUUCAGACCAUAGAGAGGAUCUGCAGUAGCAGAGUGAACUGUUUUGUAUGUAGCUGAAUAAAGCUUUCAUGGG